AUGAUUCACAAAGGUCCACUCAACGAUAUUGCAGUGUUCAAGUACACACCGCCGAACCAAGUCUUCAAGGUGAACCAGACGGGGUUCCAGUACUGCAUCAAGCCCCCCGUAAACCUGGCCCUGACCGCCGGGAAUGAUGUCAUCAAGCUCGUGACCCCUGGGAAGAAAUGCUACAUUUGUGGAGUUGGUGAGCACUGCAUCCUGUUUCAGCAGAAGCUCGCAAUCAACGCGUGCAAAGCCGAUGCUCCUGCUCCUGCUCCAACGGCCCUGGCCCCAACCCUUUCCUCCAACCAAUACUCCUCCUCUGCCUUCUCCAUCAGAGCUCUCCUCCAGAUCUAA